AUGGGAGUUAUUCUGAAAUCUUGUGUAUUUCAGUUUGUCAAGUAUCAUCAUCAAUAUCAUAUGACAGCAGGUUUACAUCAGUUGAAUACAUCCAGUCGAAUAUUUCUUUUGGAGUCAAAUAAUAUUUAUCGAAAUUUAGCCUUUGAGACAUGUUUAUAUCAAGCGGGUGAAAAACAACUUCACAGCCUAAAUGAUGAUAAUAAUAAUAAUCACAAACUACCAGCGCAUUUUACAAAUAUUCUCUUAUGGCGUAGUAAUCCGUGUAUUGUGAUUGGUCGAUUUCAAAAUGCAUGGAAAGAGAUAAACAGCACAGUGUUACGCUCAAAAGCACUACAGUUAGCUAGACGUUAUUCUGGUGGUGGAGCAGUUUAUCAUGAUCUUGGUAAUUUAAACAUCUCUUUUAUGCAGCCUAAACGUUAUUUGGAUCGACGAAAAUGUAUGGAAUUUCUUCAGUCUGUUUUACAACCACUUAUAUCUUCUACAAAUUGUAUUGUCCAUGUUGGUGAUCGAUAUGAUCUAUGGAUAUCAGAAAAGCAAACUGAUGAAAAUGCAUUAGAAAAUCGAUUAAAGAUUUCAGGUUCAUCGUCUAAGCUUGGCGCGGAUAUGGCAUAUCACCACUGUACGUUAUUAUUUGAUGCUAAUUUAAACAAUUUAUCUGAAGUACUGAAACCGACCUUUGUAAAUAUGCAGACUAAAGCAACUGAUAGUAUUCGAAGUCCUGUAAGAAAUUUAAAUCUGAGCAUUGAACUACUUCAAGAGGCUAUAAUAGAGAAUAGCUUGAAAUGGAUAUCGAAGAAUGACGGAAACAUAUCUUAUCCAACUGUGAUAAAGGUUCCUGAAGGCAAGGAGCCCCAAUUUAUCCCUUCAUUAGGAGAAAAUUUUGAAAAAGAAUUAAACACAUUGCAAUCAUGGUCAUGGAUAUACGGUGGUUCACCAGCAUUUCAAUUAGCCUUAGAUGACUAUGAACCUGAUCUGCACUCUAUCACUAAUCAAUAUGGCUCAAUCGUAUUACAAUGUCGUCGUGGUAGUAUCGUCGAUUGUAUCAGCUUCACUGGUGAUGAUGAUUCACAGCAGCAACCAUCACAUCCGUUGAAAGAAUUUCUCUCUGAACUGACUGCGUGUCUUCAAGGCGCUGAAUGUCGACCGAAUUCCUGGGAUUUUGCAUUAGAUCAAUUUUUAUCACGAAAGUUAAUCCAACUAAAUAGUGAAAAUAUUCCCAAUGAAGCAUUAUCAAUAAUUAGGGCAUUGAAAAGAAUUUCUAGUCAAUUCUAA